AUGGAUACCGAUGGCGUGUGCCGGGUCAAGGCACAUGCCACGUCGUACUUCGUCCAGGAUCCCAGUGUUCAUGCCGCUGCUCAUCACAACUCGUUCUUGGCUUUUUGCAUUGGUGGUGCCUGCAUGUGGCUGAUGGCCUUCGUGGUUUGGUACGUUCCGGUGAGUGCCGCGCCCAAGCUGCGGCUGCUCGCCAUGAUUGCCUUUGGCCUGCGAGGACUUGGGUAUGUGAUGGAGGGUCUUGCACGGAUCAUCUGGAACGAAACCGACAACGUGCCUUACGUCUUCAGUGCUCGCAUCAUAGUGGUGCUCUCCUUGGGCAUCUGGAUUCUGAUGGCGAACGGCCUGGGUGAAGCCCUCUGGCCAUCGAAGCGCCUCCUUUGGCUCUCGGCCUGGUUGACCACACCAGUGCUGAUAGCCACGUCCAUCGCCUUGCUGAUUCUCUUCACAGAGCAGCGCACCCUGGUGUUCAUGUGCACAACCCUGCUGGUAGACCUCUACUGGGCAUCGAUGUGGGCUGCGACGCUGAUUUUUCCGGUGCCGUCCCUGACUCGAUGUGCGGCCUCUCUACAGGCUGGCAUGCUUGCCAUGGCUGCGCUCGUCUCAGCGCUUCCAGCGGCCCUCGAAGAGACCUGUGGGGCCCCGGCACAUGUAAGCUGCUACAAGGAUUGCUUGCUCGUUGGCCCUGGCUGGCACUACCUUCUCUGGAGCUUCUUCGUGUCCAUCUUUCACGCGGGCAACGUUGCCUUCUACCUCGUUGAUCCUGCCAAGGUGGAUGUCAAGUGGCCUCCUCUUGGUGCCCCUACGGCCGAGCCUGCAGAGAAUGCGGAAGAUGAGGCCACCGAGAGCCAAACCUAA